AGGUGAGUGUAUUAUCCGCGUAAAGGUGGAUGCCAUAUUAACGUUCUUUCUGGUUUUUUCCUAGAUUAAAGAUGCCAGGUCCCUAGGGGACUUGAAGACCGCAGACUGCAUUACCCAAGAGGUCUUUCAGUCGGAGGUGCGAGUGGCCUCUUAGGUUUUGCCAUCGCCGCAAUAGACUGUGCAGCCGAGGGUUGCCCAUAAACAAAAUGGCGACGAUAACCUAUGACACGCAACUUAGAGUUGACGUGAUUGGUUAAGAGAUGUUUACACUGAUGAUGCGGAUCAGGUGUGCUGAAGUUCGCACCAGAGGAUCUUUAAAGCUAAUCACGCUGUGUUCAGACGCUCCCCUUGUAUAGGAGUGUGAUCAGCCUGCUGCUUAGACGUUGCUGCCUGGGUUGCAGCCUCCUUAUUCAGCACUAAGAUGUCUACCCUAGAGCCACCACCUGUCAAAAGACACAGGAAGUCAAAGCAUCUGCAGUGUAGAGCAUGUGACACACUUCUCCCAGAUGACUAUGGGAAAAGGUUUUGUAAGGACUGUCUGUCCUAUCUGGCUCACAAGGAUGUUGAAGCACUUCCUGAAGCUUCUUCUUCGUGGAUUAAGGAGUUUAUAAAAUCAACUAUGAAGGAUAUGUUUAACCAGUUGCAACCUGGCCCAGUCCCUAUUGCGGAUGAUAUUGUGAAUUCUCCUACAAUAGUUAAUCCUAUAUCUUUAGACGGAUCAACUCAGGAUUCAUCCUCGGAUGAGGAAGAAAUCUUAGCCUUGUUUCCGGUGGAAAGCACUGCGAAAUUGAUCAGGAGAGUAAGGUUAACGAUGGAAUCUCUGGAAAGCGAGGAUUCGCAGGCAACCACUUCUCAGGUAGCUAAGAAAUCUAAAAAUUUUCCGGUUCACCCAGUCAUGAAAGAUUUAAUGACUAGAGAGUGGAAAAAUCCUGAAAAGCCUCCGUCUAUAACAAAAAGACAAAAGCUUUUGUUUCCCAUUCAGGAAGAGGAGAUACAGUCCUGGGGGACUCCUCCGAAAGUAGAUGUAGCCAUUGCCAGACUGUCUAAUAAAACACUCAUUCCUGUGGAAGAUGGUUCAGGAUUAAAGGAUCCUAUGGAUCGCAAGAUGGAGUCCUUACUUAAAAGAGUUUAUAAUACGGGUACAGCUAUUUGUAAGCCAGCCUUGGCUGCCUCGGCAGUGGCUAGAUCAACCAGGCAUUGGCUCAAACAAUUCACGGAGGAUAUCAACAACAACAUAUCCCGUGUGGAGCUUCUGGAAUCCCUGGAAAAGGUCAAUAUGGCAGUUGAGUUCUUGUGUGACUCAUCCAUUGAAAGUAUUAAGCUAGCUGCGAAAACUAUGGCUUUAUCUACAGCAUCCAGAAGAGCUUUAUGGCUAAGAACCUGGUCAGCUGAUUCAGUAUCCAAAAACAGCUUAUGUGCCAUGGCAUUUGAACCAGGUCGUCUCUUUGGAUCAGAGCUGGAUAAACUUUUGGAAUCUUUGUCAGGCUCUAAGAAUAAGCGUCUUCCUCAGGAAAACCAAUCAAAUAGGAGCAAAAAUUCCUUUUUCCGGAAUAGAAGAACAUCACCUAAAAGAGAUAACUACUUUCAAAGAGACAGAAGAAGGAACGAUACAAAUUCCUUUCGGCCCAAUAGAGCAUUCAAUUCUUCCAGAGGUGAGAGAGGAUUUGGGAAAACCUUCCCACCAAAGAAAAGGCCAUCCUUCUGACGCCAGAAGUUUACUGCCGGUAGGGGGCAGAUUAAUUUUUUUCUUUCCAGAAUGGAAAGAAACCAUUGCAGACGCAUGGAUACUCCAAUUAAUUGCAGAAGGCUACAGAAUAGAAUUUCUGAGUCUACCUCCUCAGAGG